AGAGAGAGAGAGAACAUCCACAUCUUUGAAGUCUUUGAGAAUAAUCCUAAUGAGAGAACAGCGCAGUUUGAAAAACUAUACUUUUAUUUUUCACCGGGAAGUGUUCAUCGCAAUCAGUCGUUCUUAUAGGCUAUUUACGCAUCAUUAUCUUCUUCAGUUGUCUCGAGUUUUAUUCUGAAAUCUGACACCUAAUCUUGAAUAAGGAAUCUUUUAGCACAUUUGAUCACUUGAUUUACUUUUUUCCUAUCCUCAUACAACCCACAGUACAAAUUCUUCUAUCACCCUCCUCUAUUAUCUUGUACCAUUUCUUCAGACCUAUUUGCUACUUCAAUUAUUGGGCAUCCAUAAAUCCCAUAGAAGUUGAUAAAUCCUAAAUCAUUCUAUUACAGUCUUGAUCUUGAAAUGAUAUGUGACGUAAUCCGCGUCAGGUUUGUUUGGAUUUAUCCUGGACCUGUAUUUUGAAGUUGCUCUCUCACCACGACUAUUUUCAAAGACUUAAGCCUUCUAAAUGGAGUGGAGGUGCGACAUCGAAGUGUUUCAGACAAGACGCGGCCCAGAAAGAAUACAGAGCAGUGCGAGUGGUGGUGACAGCUCAACUUCCCCAGUGGACGCCCCUGCAGCUCUCCAGUGAGGCAGGAUGGUGGAAGGCCCAGGAUGCAAGUUGAAUGGGGAGAAACUGAGGAAGAGAGUCACAGGGCAGAAGGUUGUUGGCCUCGCCGGCACCUCCCUCCAAAAGAGCAGAAUUAAGAAUCCAGAUGAAGCCAUGGCAUAUGACAGCUUUGUGGGGAAGAGAGUCACUGAUGUCAAGACUUUGGGGAAGGAACUUUUUGUGUUUGUAGAGGGAGAGUUCUGCUUGAGGGUGCAUUUCCUCAUGAAUGGCAGCCUACGGUUCAACAUUGAGUCCAUGCAGCCAGACACGAAGAAGAAGGAACCAGUUCUCAAACUGAUUCUCAGCACAGACUGUGUGUACUUCUACGACAUUUCCCUCGAGAUAAGAUCUGCCCUUGAGUCCCAGCAGAAGUAUGAAGAACUUAUUGACUUGGACAUCUGUUCCCCAACUUUUGACCUCCAGCGAGCGGUGUACACCAUCAGACAGCAUACUACGCGCCUCAUAUGUGAUGUGAUACUGGACCAGUUGGUGCUGCCUGGAGUGGGGAACAUUAUCAAGAAUGAGGCACUCUUUAAUGCAGGAAUCAAUCCAAAUACCAAAGUUGAUGAACUGAGUGAAGACCUUAUUAUUCUUCUUGUCAAAAUGAAUAGAGAUUUUACCAAGCUUUUUUAUGAGUGUCGCAGGGAUGGCAAAAAUCUUUACAAGUUCAUGAAAGUCUACAAAAAGAGUGAGUGCCAGGAGUGUCAGAGGAAAGUGGUGCAGUGCAAGGUUGGAGAGUAUGAGAGACUCACCUUUUACUGCCCAGCCUGCCAAAAUAAUACUAUGAGGCUUCCCAUGAAGAGCUCUCUCCUUGGAUGGGUUUUCCACCAGCAAGAUGUAUGGAGUUGUGUUGCAUGUACGCUGGAGAAUAAGGCAGCCAGCUGGCGGUGCAGCGUGUGCCUCACUCCCCGGCCGCCGCCUGAGAGUUCCCUCACACUGCGCCACAACCCCCCAGCCAUGACCACUGGCAGCAAGAGAAUGCUGGAUGAUGAAAUGCAAGGUUCAGGGAACUCCAAGAGAUCAGCUCCUCCCAGGCAUCCCUCCACCUUUCAGCCUUCAGGCCAUGCCACACACUUACCUGCCCCUGCUACCUCUCAGGGUGAUCAUGACAAAGUUGUGUGUCCAGGCCACAAAACUGCUGCCAGGAAAUGUAAGGUGGUGAAGGAUGGUGACAACAAGGGCAGGGUUUUCUAUGCCUGUAGCAAGCCACAGGGACAGCAGUGCAACUUCUUCUUGUGGGGUGACAACCACCACCCUGUGUGUCACCACGGCAAGGUCACUGUCCAGCGCACAGUGCUCAAACUUAGUGCAAAUAAUGGCCGUCACUUCUACUGCUGUUCCAGACCUAAAAACAAACAGUGUGACUUUUUCCAGUGGGUGGAUGCUGAGUAGGCUGUGUGUGUGUGUGUGUGUGUGUGUGUGUGUGUGUGUGUGUGUGUGUGUGUGUGUGUGUGUGUGUGUGUAAUUCACCAGCUUGAUAAUCAUGUGCUAGACUCAUGGUUGUCAAACAUUACUUUCAUGGAGAGAUCUCAGAAUUCAUUCAUUAUUAUAUAUAUAUA